CAUACUCGCAAUGAUAUCAUAAAGUCUUAUAUUUUCGUUGUAAUAACUCGCAAUUUCUAUUUAAACUUGCUAAAUAUUAUAGUUAUAUUUAUAGUGUUUCUCAAUUAUGAAAAAUGAAGAAAAUAAAAAAGUACAAGAAAAGUGCCUCCUGCAAACGAUCGAUGAACUAGGACGAGGCUCAAAGCUUUUGUGGAUUGCUUUUUUUGUUAGUGCCAUAUCUUCACUAUUGAAAUCGUUGCAUACGAUGUCGUAUGUGUUCAUAGCUGAGAUACCUGAGCAUUGGUGCCAUAUUCCAGAACUGUUAGAUGCUAACUGGACAGCCACGCAAGCACAAAAUAUUUCAACAGUAGACAAUUGCUUGAAGUAUGAUUACAAUUAUGCAUAUCUUGCGCGUUUAGACUAUAAAGACGCUGGAAAGUAUGUUGAAGAUUUAAAAUUUAACACUAGUCUUGUUCCUUGUUCUUCUUUCGUUUUUGAUAAAAGUAAAAAGUCAACAAUAGUUAAUGAAUGGAGUUUAGUUUGUGAUCGACAAUUAUAUCGAGCAAACACAUAUUUUACAUAUUCCCUCGGAAAACUUUUAGGUACUGGAAUCUUGGGAGUAUACGCCGACAAAAAUGGAAGAAGAAAAGCAUUGAUUAUAAGUUUAACUCUGCAAACUAUUGCUGUACCUCUAACUUCAAUUAUUCCAUGGUUUUGGGGGUACAUUUUAUGCGAAUUACUAAUUGGACUCAGCGUUGCAGCAAUGUAUUCAUCGGCUUACACGAUUGUGUCAGAAAUUGCAAAUAAAAACAAAAUGAAGAUUUUAGGAAUUGUAUCAGAUACUUUAAACCCAGCUGGCGUAUAUUUGCUCAUAAUUAUUUCUUAUUAUAUUAAAAAUUGGAGAAACUUACAAAUGGCACUAUCAUUAUUCACUAUUCCAGCAAUUAUCUUGGUUUGGUUUGUAGAGGAAUCACCACGUUGGUUAAUAGCCCUAAAUCGUCAUAAUAAAGCACAAAAAAUAAUUGAAAAAUAUCGAAAAAUUACUUUUACUCCGGAUUUCAUUACCACAAGUAUACCACUAACUUCUAUACCAAUAGACCAUUCUAUUACUGAAAAAAAGCAUCAAAAGAGUUUUGCUGAGCGUUUUCUAGGAAAUUCAAGAAUUCUUUUUACAGAUCCAAUUUAUAGAAAAAAGAUUCUUAUCAUGUACUUUUCAUUUUUUGUUUGUGUGAUGGUCGGCUAUUAUUUAAUUUUUAAUGUUGAUAAUUUCAAAAUAAAUCGUUAUAUUUUCAUGGCAGCAACAGCAACCACUGAGCUCGUAUCUCUUCUUACAGUUUCAAUAGUUCUCAGAUAUAUAAGUAGUCAGAAAAUAACUAUUAUUCUUUACUGGAUCGCAUCAAUUUGUAUGCUAUCAAUGGUUGCUAUACCCAAAGACAAUAUAUAUCUGACGAUAGAACUGACAGUGAUAUCGAAAUUUUGUUUAAGUUCUACAUUUACAACAAAUAUGUUAUUUUCUUUGAAACUGUUCCCAUCAAGUGUAAGGAAUUCAGCUUUAGGAAGCUGUAUAUUAAUGGCCCAAGUUGGAUCAAUGUCAUCUCCAUACUUGGUUGAUUUUCUGGGCAAAGUUGCACCGUGGUCUCCAUCUGUGCUUUGCGGUGGCGCACUAUUUAUUGCAGGACUUCUUUGUUGUAUUGUUCCUGUUUAAUUAAUGAAUUGUAUCAUAAAUAAUUUACAUGAGUUAAAAAUAAUGAUAGCAUUAAGAUAAAAAAAUUAAUGUAAGUUUUUGUUAAUGUCGAAUAAAUUAUAGUUAUUG